AAAAAAUCAUAAACGUAAAAAGUUCUUCUUCUUCGUUUUCUUCAAGUUCCUCUCUCUCUCUCUCUUUUUUUUUUGGUUUGAAAUUCCUCUUUGUUCUUCGUCAUGUCUAAUGAAACCAAAAAUUUUAACAACUAUCACUACACUUCAUCGUAUAAUCAUUGCAACAACAACAACCAAAAUAUUGUUAAUCUCCCUUAUGUUUCUGGUCCAUCCACUUAUAAUGCAAACAUGAUCUCUUCACAAAUCGGUUCUGAUCUACACUCGAGUACUCAAGGAGCGUACGAAUUGGGUUUCGAGCUCUCCCCAUCUUCCACCGAGUUUUUUAAUUCUUCGACAGAUCAUGUAAACGGUUUUUAUAAUGCUUAUGAUUAUAAUAAUAGUCACAAGAGUCAUGAAGUUGUCGGUGGUGGUGGUGGUGCAAUCAUUGAGAGUGAAACUAGGGUUUCUCCAUCUCCUUCUUCGAGUGAGGCCGAUCAUCAUCACGGUGAAGAUUCCGGCAAGAGCCUAAGGAAAAGAGAAGCUGACGAUGGAGGAGAAGAUGAUCAACGUUCUCAAAAAGUGGUUAAAACAAAGAAGAAAGAGGAGAAGAAGCAAAGAGAACCACGAGUCUCGUUUAUGACUAAGACCGAAGUUGAUCAUCUCGAAGAUGGCUAUCGUUGGAGAAAGUACGGCCAAAAAGCAGUCAAAAACAGUCCUUAUCCGAGGAGUUACUAUAGAUGCACGACGCAGAAGUGCAACGUGAAGAAGAGAGUUGAGAGAUCUUACCAAGAUCCAACGGUCGUGAUCACAACCUACGAAAGUCAACACAACCAUCCGAUCCCGACGAGUCGCCGCACGGCAAUGUUCGCUGGACCCGCCGCUGCUGAUUACAACUCAUCAUCUUUAUCUCCAGUUCCCGAUUUCAUCAUCAAUACUCCAAGAAGCUUUUCGCAUGACGAUCUCUUCCGUGCGCCAUACGCUACUGUGAAUGUAAACCCUAACUAUCAUCAACAACAGAACCCAGAAUUUCACCAUGAUAGUGACUAUGAACUUUUGAAGGAGAUGUUUCCUUCGGUUUUCUUCAAGCAAGAACCUUGAUGAUAUGGUUAUAGUUAUGCUAUCAUAUAGAAACAAUUCGGAUGCAUAAUAAGUGAUGGUGUUCUUUUUUUUUUACUUUUUUUUUGCAUGUAUAUAUAUAUUUUUGAGACUAUAUAUAGGAUACAUAAUGUAGAAAUGUUAGACAUAUGGAUAUGGAGUCUC